AAGGGGCCAUUUUCGCCUUUUGACUAUAAACCAGAACUACGUGACUUAGGUCACACGUAAUUCUGAUUUUUUAAAUUUUAUUCUUUUAAGGGCGACAACUACUAUAUGAGUGUUCAAUAUAAAUUACUUUAACUAAAUGAUACAGAUGAUGUCAAACAUAAAAUCAUGUGCAACAUAUACGAAAGAUAUUCUUUCACCUUCCGUGUAAAUUUCAACAACGUCAUGUUUUGGAACUGAGUAAGGCUUCUAUGUGAGCCGGUGAACUGCCAGUGGGAGUCAUCUGUUCUCGGAUUGCUUCCCUGACAAUAUCAGUGUUGUCUGUCAUGCGUACCCUCUUCCAACGUUAGAGAGGCAAGUGUCUGUUGUCAUACGAGUGCAGCUGGCGCCUGUGUCCGCAUAGUGCGAUGUCUGAAAAGCGGUGCUUGUGGUGUUUCAAUGGUCGAAGAAGUGGGGCCACCAACGGCUGGUAGAGAGUGAAUUGUUCGCAGCCAAAAAAUCCGGAAUCCAAUUGAAAACGCGAAGAAAUUUUAGCGGUCUUUUGUAGUCGUUCGGUUUUUCGUCGCCAAUAGCUGGAUCUUUUCGUUGUUCGACGGUGCAUUCGUCUGUGUGUGGAUGUGUGUGUGAGUGCGUGCCUUCGUCAGGUGCUUGUUCGUUGCCGCCGCUCGUGGCUCACCCGCAGUAUUACUGUGGGACACGGGGGUGUAGGUAAGCAAACGCCAUGAGCCAUGUGAAGGCUAAGGUUCUGUACGACUUCGAGGCGCAGGCGCCCGGUGAAAUUAACAUUCGAGAAGGAGAUACAGUGACAGUAACAAAUCGGAAUGUCGGCGAAGGGUGGUGCGAAGGCAUCAACGCGAAAGGCGAAUCGGGCCUGUUUCCGGAGACGUAUAUUGAUUUCAUCGGAAGCUCCUCGGAGAUGUCUCCGACAACAGAGACGAACUCGAUAAGCCAUGGAACUUCCUCCGGUUUUUCCGGGGGCUCUUCGCAGCCGUCAAGGGCUGGAUCCACCGAUGAUGACUGGGGUACACCGGCAGGUCUGCUUGAUCUUGUUGCCCACAACCAGCAGCAGCAGCAGCAGCAGCAGCAGCAGCAAAACCAACCACCAGCGCAAGGCGAAGCGGGUCUGUUUCCGGAGAGCUACGUAACGUCACAGCCUCCCUACGUGGCGCCGUCCGUUGGCAAUGGGUCAGAUGCAACUUCAGACUGGGAUGAUUGGGACGAGGACGACGAAACUCCGACUUCACACCAUGCGCCGGGCUACGGUGCCUCGCAGAGAGGACUCACGGGGCAGGGUAACUUCGGACUCAGUAUUCCACGUGACUCGGGAGAUAUUACGGGAAGACCUGAAGUAAAUGCGAUUCGGACAGGCACUGUUAGGCGUUUCAAUAGGUUCUCGAACUUCGUUAAAAGCGGUGGAGAAGCUUUUCUACUUGGUACGGCCAAGGUAGCAAUCAACAGCGCCGACUAUGUUACCAUCGUUGACACGGCCGGGGUCAUAUCGUGGAGUCAACCUUAUCCCGAAGCAAUGUACUCUGCCGGCAUCAAAUCGCCGAAAAAAGAAACCAAGCUUAAAGGCUUGAAGAGCUUUAUUGCGUACUCAGUAAUUCCGUCAUUCAACAAUCAGCCCGUUUAUCGACGUUAUAAGCAUUUCGAUUGGCUACACGAAAGACUUGUAGAGAAAUACUCGCUCAUCCCUAUUCCUCCUCUACCCGACAAACAGGUCACUGGAAGAUACGAGAACGAAUUUAUCGAGCAUCGUAUGCAACAGCUUCGAUUGUGGGUGAACAGGAUGUGUCGUCAUCCCGUCCUCUCACAAUCCGCUGUUUGGCACCACUUUCUUACUUGUGGUGACGAAAAACAAUGGAAAGUCGGCAAGCGGAAAGCCGAAAAGGAUGAACUACAAGGAGCCAACUUUUUUAAUGCUAUUCAGGCUCCAGAGACGCCAUUGGAACUCUCGUCUGUCGAGCGGCAAACUGAGGCGUUUAUCAAGUUCACGUCGAAAAUGGACGAUUCGGUGCAAAGCCUUUAUCGAACGGCGCAGGACCAGAUAAAAAAAUGCCAAGGGCCGUACAAGCGAGAGUGCAUAAAGAUUUCCGAUGCAUUUAAGGAUUUGGCGAUUGCUUUCGAACUGGAUACGACUAAUCUUGAUAGCCAAUUAAACUCGUCAAUCAGGCACACGGGAGAAACGUACGAAAGUAUCGGCCGAUUGUAUGAUGAAACGUUACGGCACAAUUGGGAAAACAUGGCUGACACGUUAUACGAAUACCGAGGUAUUCUCAGCUCGUGGCCCGAUAUAAUUAACAUCCACCGGACGUUCCUCGGCAAACGCAAAGAAUAUCAAAGGCAGCGGGACGAAGGCAAGGUAUCGGCCGAGGAUUACGUGGACAUCAACCGAAGGACCGAUGUUGUUACCUACGCCACGCUCGCCGAAAUCACCCACUUCCAGCAGGAACGGGUUCGCGACUACCGCGAAAUGAUGCACACGUUCCUGCAGGGUCAGAUCGACUUUUACGAGAACAUCGUUGCCCAGCUGCGAGAAACCCAGGCCCGUUACCGAUAAGAUUGUCAGCUACAGAUCAAAAAGUGAUGCAAUGUUCGGCGAUCAGCGAUGCGGGAUAGCUUUAACUUUUAACUUCGCAAAUAAAUACAACAGCGAAGAAAAGAGCCGUAAAAGUCAGGAGACGUGGAGCACUAAGACGCAAUCGAACCUUUUCUUAAUAGAUGUCCUCAGCUCAAACGAGGAACAACGCGCAUAUUAUAAUCGAACGCUGAAGUAACAGAACACUCAAUUUUAACUUAAUUUAGAAUUGACAUUUGCAUUAGCAUGGACAGAGUUGUGGUACAUCUAAAUGGACUAAAACAAAUGCCAGACGUCUAAGACAAAGUCUGAAUACUCUAAAAAGUGAAGCUGUAGGAAUAACAAACCCUAAUAAAAGUCACCUAUUGAAAGAGGAAGCGGAUUAGUCAAAUGUGAUCAUAAUUUUACUACUACUUAAGUAGCAAUUGAACGCAACUGGUCCGUGUUAGAACGGUCGAUCACAAUGACCUGUUUUACUUUCGUACUGACAAGAAGUAACAGCUAUUUAUUAUUGAAAAGAUCGCGUCGGCGACUUUUUUCAUUCACAAUUGAACGAAGUAGCAAAUUUGUCGUCCGUUUACACUACCAGAGUGAUAAUCGCAAAGCUGUCACAGUAUCACACUAUAUAGCAGGUGAGCAGAUAUUGACAUCGUGCCACUGACCUAACACGACCGAUUACACAGGAUUUAUAGUUGCAAACAAACAUUCGAAAAUGACAGAGAAGAUAGACGUGGGCACCACGUGAAAGUGUAUCUGAAAACGAGCAAAGUAAAGUGCCCUAAAAUCAAAGAUCAUGACGUUAAAUGUAAUGGGGAUGCAGUCGACGACGACACGCAGAUAUCUAAACUGAACACAAAUAAUGAAUGUAUAUGUAGGUAAUAGAUUAUAGAUCAUAAAAUAAAGAAGCGAGAAUAACAUAAUAAAAAUGAAACAAAAGGGAAAAGUAUCUCUUCGGUUUUUAUUACAAAUAAAAGAUGAACGAGAGAAAGGCAGAAUGUUUUGAGGUACCGGUGUUUUUUUUUUGAAAUAGACGUAUUGCCAUAGUGAGGAAUGGCGUAGGAAGAAAA